UACGUUAGUAAUCAAUUGCAACUCCAAUAGCAUAGACACAACUCGAUAUUAAAGCGCGUCUAUCUAGUCCCCCCAGUGUUGAACAACAAAUUUUUGUUAACCAAACGUAGAUUUCUGCUUUUUGGUCGUUUGUUUCACCCCUUUAUUUGCCACCAUUACAAAACAGAGGAUACUCGGUCAAAACGUGAACUAAAACACCGAAAACCGUUCGAACGCCAACAACAAGUUUCGACGUUUCUACUAAAAAAUUUUAGUUUAGUCUACGUACUCGGUGUGGCAUAAACCCCCUCAUCAUCAGUUGUUGGCAGAUAAGCGAGACGGAGAAAUCGUUUACAAUUUACCAAAAAAAAAAACAAAAACAAAUCAAUCCCUUCCCAAUACUUUUAUAACAAAAUCUUACACACAAACACAAGUCACAAUGAGGCCUUAUUUAAUAGCCCUAGCCUGUUUUUACACAGUCCUCGCCAUUGUCACAGCUGUGCCCGUGCCAGCAUCCGAUCAGGAACUCGAUGUAUUACAGAUUCCACUGUCAAAUGGAAAGGAAUUGGAUGUUCUAACACUGGGUGCUCAUGAUCAAGAACAAAUUAUUGCAGAACGUAAUAAGAGAACUAUUGGUUUAUUGCGUGAACUGUUCCCCGAUUUAACCAAGAAUGGUGCCACUGAUACACAAAUUGACUUAUCGGCCAUUAACAAACAAUUGGAAGAGACUAUACGUGUUGCCCGUCAAGUAAAAGAAGCUGAAGCUGCUGCUGCCGCCGCUGCUGUCUUCCAUAAUGCCGCCGAUCAACAAAAGCAACCCGCUCAAUUGCCCAUACCUUCGCCCAAAGUUGAAGAAACCAUUCAAUUGAGUUUCAACAACGAAUUAAACAGCAACGAUUCACCAAAAAGCAUUAGCAAUGAAUUACAAUUGAGCGAAUCCAAGUCUCCUGCCAUUGAUGAAUUAUCUUUGGAUUCCAGUGAGGAUACUGCUGAUUUGGAUGAUAGAAAUAAGAGAUUCUUGCAGUUUGGCGGUGCAGGUUUAGCUGGUGGUGCCAGUUCAAGUUCUAGUUCAGGCAGUUCUAGCGGUUCCGGCGGCGGUGGUGCCGGUGGUGCUGGUUCCGGUAACUUCUUAUUCGAUAUUGUCAGACUAUUCUCUGGUAGUGUACAAACCCAAGCUGGAGAUGAAGCAGCCAAUAGUGCCAACAGUGUAAGCAGUUCCUCUGUCAGCGAUUCUGAUGGUGAUAGCCAACGUGGCAAUGAUGGCUAUACGGAAGGUAUUCCCGGACCAGUAACAAGAUUGGUUGUCUUAGCUAAUCGUGGUUUGGCCAAUCUGGUGCAAGAUUUGAUCUUGCGUGUGGCAGCUACCAGCGAGAAAUUCGUCAACUUCAAGGCCAAACUUAUUACAGCCCUCAUUUAAGCUGCAGCAUUCGCAUACCACCUCGCACAUUUGAAAGCGUUUGCCUCUCCUUCCACCAAAACAUAUCAAAAUUAGUCAAAUUUUUCGAAAUGCAUUCACAUACACCAAGGCAAACUAUCACCAACUACAUACCACUGCCCAAACGCUCCUAGGCGCCCCUUUCCCCAAACCUACUCUUAACUCAACGAACAUCCUAGAUAUUCUUGUCAAAAUUAGUCUAAUUCAUUUUUUGCCCCUGCUCCACCGAAAUCGAACAUCCCAAAAGAGAGAAAGAGAACAAGGACAUCGAAAGGCAGCAGUUUUUUUCGAAAAAUUCUUUGCUGCAACAUUUGGAUAUGUUUCAUCAUUACACUCGUUUAGUUUUAUUUAUUAAAGUUAAAAAAAAAAACCAAUUCCAAAUCAACACAUUUUGUGAAACAUUUUCAUGUAGAAAUUGCUAAAAAAAAAACAACAAAAAUAUUCAGGAAAAAAAUUAAUAGAAAAGGAAAUUUUGUAAAUGUUUGUUUAAAACAAGAAAGCCUAUUUUGUUGCUCUGUGGUAGUGUAAACUACUUGUAAAUAAUUAUUGUUUAUUUUUUUUAUUUUGUUUUGUAGUUUAUUGAAAAAAGUCUUCCUAAUUUUUUUGUUUUUUCUUAAUGUAAACCGAAUAAAAAAAACCUAAAUAUGACUGUGGUGUUUAAGAGAUCUAAAACUAAACUAUUUUAGAACAACAAAAACAACAAUGAUAAAAAAGCUGUGUUUGUGGUUAUAAAAACUUGAAAGAAUUUAUAGAAAAUUAAUAUGUCUAACAAUAUACCAUGCAAUAUUUUUUCAACUCUUCCCCCCAAAUCCUUCUAUGAAGUUGUUGCCACCUUUUUUUUAUCUUGUCAUUCAGUUUUCAAUAAUCCCGUCUGUCCAAUUUUAAGUGAGUAUAACUAAAAAGAAUGUCCACACGCUCACACACACACACACACACACACUUAAGUUAAUUGUAUUUUGAUCCUAUAAAUACUGGAGUUGUUUUUCUAUAUAAUGUUUAAGCUUAAACUAUUAAAUUGUUUUUUUUUUGUUUCUUUUGUUCUUCCCCUAUAGUUUGUAAGUUUGUAAAAAAUCUUUCUUUCUUAAUACCUUUGGUUUUUUUACCACAAAUAUCUUAUUUUGAAUAUCGUUUCAAGCUUUUUUUCCCCACAUUUUUUCGUAGUUUUCCGGUAAGGUUAAAUUCCAACAUUUUUCACUUUUUGCAAUUAUUUUUUUGAAUAUUUUUCUCAGUGCAUAAUUUUUAGUUCUUCCACAUAUAUAAAUAUAUUUUUGUAAUUAUCCCGACUAUUUUCUCUCUGUG